UAGAGACUGUUCCGGAACGUCGAUCCUCUGAGGUGAUUCUCCAUCCCAGAGAGAAAGGUGAAUUAGCCCCAGCACAGACAGAGGGCAAAGCCAUGCCGUGAGGGUAUUGCGCACCCCUCCCUAGCCGGUUGCACCGGCACGUGGGUCACGUGCUCGCCGCCGGGCCGCUCCGGACCCAUUUAAAGCGCCCGCACCGUGACAUCGCUUCCACUCACUCACUCCCUGCCUGCUGUUCCUCAUGGGAACGAAGCAGCAGAACGGCACAGGCACCGCCCGGACGGACGAGGUCUGGACCAUGACGCCUGCUCUGUUACUCGGGUUGGUACUGGCGGCGACUGCGGCAGCAGCUCCGGGCGGCGGGAUGCAAACUGAGUCUGCAGAUUUUGUGAGGACUGAAUGUCGGGACAGUGUCUUUUGGUUUGGACUGGACACGAACUUUCUCGCUGGGAAAGUCUGGCAGAUUAACAUUGUUGAUCAGUCUGGUUAUGUCUUCUCUGUUACACCAAGAUCUGCUUCACAGUGUGGUUACACUCUCAUAGUAGAUCACCAGAAGAUUGAAUUCCGUGCCUCCAUACUCAGCUGUGGUGUACAUAUCCUGAAUGAUGAGCAGUUUAAUCUUACUGUGCAAAUACAAGUGUUAGGAGCUGACAUGGGUGCUUCAACGUAUAUUGAAACUCUAUCUUGUAUGUACUCUCCAUGGGCUGGAAGAGAAAUCUACUGUGAACAAAAUUACAUGCAGGUCUCUGUACGAAGAAACAUACCAACCAUUGAGGAGGAUUAUGUUCAAGAUGCUGAAGAUUGGGCUUUGGCAAUCCCAGAAGCUGUUGACGCAGAAAGUGGAAUAUGGCAAGUAGUAUUCCAUACGUCUAGUGGCAAAAAGAGUAUGACAGUGAAGGAAGCUCACCAGUUGAACUAUGGAAUCAACACCACUGAGACUCGUAUUUUGUUCCGUGCUCCAUAUCACACAAAGGAGGCUGAAGUAAUUUUGGUCCAUGAGGUCCCCUUGUCUGUAAUAAGAUCAACUAGCUUCUAUAGACAGCAAUGGAUGAUUCUGCUAAUUGAUACUGCAGCAGCUUGCCCUGUUGAUGGUACAUCAUUCACUGAUGACCUAAUCAUCUGGACACUGCCAAGAAUAUUCACUCCAAUUGUAACCAGUGAAGUUCAUCAAGACAACAGCUCUAUGGGAGUAAAUGGUAUCAAACUGGAUCCAGAAAGAAUGGCUGAAAGAAAUUAUUCUUUAGAGAAAAAUGACACCUCCCUUUUUAUAAAGGUUCCAAUUGGUGCACAGGAUGGAUACUACAAGAGCUAUGUGGUGAAUGGUCAGUAUGGCAUCAAGUAUAGCAUUAAUCUAUUCUUGGAACACUUGUGGGAAGAUGACACCUGGGAACUGAAUAAAAUGAACGUUGUCCAUCCAGUGACCACUCCCUUUAUUCCUAAGCCUCUAGUUUACACUGAUGAUACCAUUCCAGAGCAAUGGCUAUUUAAUGUAUCACUGGGCAACUUUCUUCCUGAUGUGGAACUGCAGAAGCUCACUCUGGGUUCUCUGUCCUUUCCUGUGGAUGAAGAAAAUCAAUUUUUUGAUUUAUACCAUGGGAGAACCCCAAAUGAGACUACCCUCAGUAAAAUCUUUGUUCUUGAGGUUCCAAUGGAGUCUCCAGUUGUGGAUAGGAAGUAUAUUGGAGAUGGUGUUGAACAAUAUACUCUUGACAUCACCUACACCUUGAUAGUGGUGCCAGAAGAUGAAAUAUUCACCCAUUCUGUUCAAUUAAUACAUAAACACCAUAUAGUACUUCCUGUGGCAAAUGGCUUUUGUGAUGAGGAGAAUAUGACAUUGGUGAUUACUCAUGGAACCUUGGAUCAGUAUUGGAUCCCCUUCAUUGGAAAAGUGCAGCUCUCCCUUCACUCUGGACAUGACGGUUAUAUUAUGAGAGAGAAUGGCACCCACUUAACAGUCACUGUUCCACGUAAUGCAGCUGAGGUAGUCCAUGAGGAAGUUGGCCACCAAGGCAUAAGAAGUAGAUUUGACUUCCAACUGAAGGAUAAUAAAAGCUUGGAGGUGCUAGGAAACUUCUCCGUAUCCUGCAGCUUUCCUACUUCUGACUUUAUAAGUAAGCUUUUGCCUUUGCAUCUACACCAGUGGCUGCCUUGCACUAUUGCCUUGACAACCAUUUGUUUCUCCUCUUCAGCAUGUUUCCCAAAUGGCAAAAUGGUAAUUACAGCAAUGAAACUUGGAACACAGUUGAGAAUGCACACGAAUAAAUUGAUGCUGAAAGAUCCAACUUGCAAGGCAAAAGAGAGUGAAUCCCAAGCAGUCUUUGAAUUUUCUGUAGACUCAUGUGGAACAACGAGAAGGUUUGAGAAGGAUUACAUGAUCUAUGAGAAUGAAGUAGUAUACGUGGGAGCCAAAUCAAAGAAGAAACCAACCUAUCGACUUGCAAUAUCUUGUCAUUAUCCCAUAAAUGAUUCUGUGCAUCUUCAGUUUGAGCAUCAAAUUAAUCCUCUACCAAUUGUUAUGCCUGGAUUUGGACCUAUCAUCUUGAGUAUACAACUUGCCAAAGAUGUAUCCUAUGCUACCUUGUACAAGGACAAUGAAUAUCCAGUUGUGAAGUAUCUGGCUGACCCUCUCUACUUGGAAGUACAACUGCUGCACAAUGAAGAUUCACAAAUUGAGCUUUUCUUGCAGUCCUGCUGGGCAACUGCUUCUCCAGAAAGAGACAGUAUACCACAAUGGUCUAUCAUUGUCCAAAGCUGCGAGUAUGAAGCUGAUCCGCAUAUGACCAUCUUCCAUCCAGUCACGAGGAAUGAGAGGGUCAGGUAUCCUAGUCAUGUGAAAAGGUUUGAAGUGAAGAUGUUUGCUUUUACCAUGGGAGAUCUGAAUAUCUUAUUGAGAGAGGUGUACUUUCACUGCAGUGUAGUCUUGUGCAAAGAGGACCCAAUAAAUGAGUUACUCUGUCCUGGAAACUGUGUUCCAAGAAAACAGCGAAUGGGUCGGAGUGCGGCUGGAGAGCACCGCUUGGAGGGAUCUGUAUCAUCAGGAGCAGUGCUCAUCUUGGCAGAUCUUUCUACAGUAGAGAAUAGGGUGAAGGAUACCCAAGGGGAAUCUUAUUCCUGGCCAGUGCUGCUGCUUGGAGUUGCAACAAUUGUUGGUUCCAUUGUAAUUGGAAUUCUUAGUUGUUAUAUCAUGUGCACAGAUUAUUUAAAAUAGAUGUAUUCAGGACUAAAAUAUAGCAAAUCUUCAGUGCUGAAUAUUUAACCAAUCCAUUUUAUGUGCAGGAUGUUCUGUAUAAGCCUGUAUCCACUGAAUGUUAAUUCAACAACUAUAACUUGUAUUUGUGGGGAGAAGGAAAUAAAUUGCUUUUCAUUAAAUCUAA